CCCAGAUGAAAACUGAUCCAAUCUGCGUUUUAACGACCCUCAGCCAAUAAUCUGUAGGUUCUGGGUCCGGGCUGCCAGGCGUCAGCGGCCGCUGCACUGGGGGCGCCGCUGCAUUGGGGGCGCCGCUGCAUUGGGGGCGCCGCUGCAUUGGGGGCGUCGCUGCAUUGGGGGAGUCGCUGCAUUGGGGGCGUCGCUGCAUUGGGGGCGCCGCUGCAUUGGGGGCGUCGCUGCAUUUGGGGCGCCGCGCGGCUGCAUUGUAGCGCCUGAGGGCAGAGCUCCCAGUCAGUAUAUAUCCCAGCGCUGGCUGCUGCGCUCCCAUUUGAGCGGGACGCGCCGCCCUGCUGCUGCUGCUGCUGCUGCUGCUGCAGAGACGUGACAGAACCUCAUCAGGACGAGUCCAGCUUCUGCAGAGGAAAUCAGCUGAAGCUUUUCUCAGGAGUGACAGAAAGUUUAACAAGAUGUUCUUCAUUUCACAAGACUGAAGAAAAAUCUGCAUCAAAUGAAACAAAGUUCCUAGAAUAACUUUUAUUGCACCUGCGAUUGAAAUCACCGUUAAUCAUGUCAAAGGAUGAAGCUUGCAAAGUUUCGUCUGCCGGCAAACACAAGGAGCGAAAACCGAAGAAGCCGCACUACAUCCCGCGACCUUGGGGCAAACCCUACAACUAUAAAUGCUUUCAGUGUCCCUUCACCUGCAUGGAGAAAUCCCACCUGUACAACCACAUGAAGUACAGCCUCUGCAAGAACUCACUGUCUCUGCUCAUAGAGUCAGACUGGCCCUACAAGAAGGGCAACAUCCUGCACCCGGACCAGCUGCGGCCCUUCCAGCAGGCGCACGGCCUGCACGCUGCGGGGAAGGAUGAACUGGAGCAGGUAAUCUGCAGCCAGGAGAAGCAGGGCCAGCGGAGGUCUGAGGAGGAGGACGGCGAGGGCAGAGAGACUCAGGGAGCGGAGGACGAGGAGGAGGGAGGGCGAGAGGAGCGCCCAGACAUCAGCGGAUCGGCCAAAGCUGCUUCCAGAGAGGAGAAUCCAACCCAGAGGAGCAAACAGCCGGAGUCAGAGCUGCUGAUGGCUGACAUGCUUUCUCUGGAAGAUCAGCUGCUGCGAGCUCGUUCUGCAGAGGUGGAGGCCCAGCUCAGGCACUACAAGCUCCCCAAGACAUGCCUGGCAGGUCCGGGGCUUCUGUCGGAGCAGUGGCGGCUGUUUGCGUCCAGCCACUCCAAAGCUAAAGCAGAAGGCGCGCAGCAGCGAGUCAGCGGUUCAAUUCCCUGCUACCCUCCUCCGAGCAACCCGGUGGACUACCAGGACCCCGGCGGACUCAACCUGUCGGUGCUGGGCGUCGGCUAUCCCAUCAGCCCCGGCUGGCUCUCCUACAUGAACUCAGCCGUUCCGACGGGGGCGUCCAGCGUCGCCGCUCAGGCCCAGUUCACACAGCUUCCCUUCCUGGCAUCGGCUGCUCAGCUGGUGCACCCGGCGUCCGGCACGCAAACAGACCGAGCGCUCAUCCCCCCUCGCCUCUACUACCCCUUCCUGUGUGAGCACACCUUCGGACCAGCGGCCGCUCAGAGCGACACUGGCAAAUCCCUGAAGACGCCAUCAAGCAGCGGAGAUUCAAGCGCUCUGACUGGCUUCCAGCCUAAAGUGGGUUUGUGGAAAGUUCCUGCUUUGAGGCCGGGGAACACGGCGUCCCCUGCUGGCUGGGUGUCGCCUCAGAGACACUCGCCUGACCAAGACCACAGAGGCGGGGAGAAGAUCCAAGCCACAGCCAAGGAAGGCAAAACGACCUGUGGACUGAAGAGGCCUGGAGGUCCGAUCAGAGGUCCUGAGUCCCCGGGGGACAGGAAGCAAAGCAUGGGCUUCACUUUGGACCUUCUGAGGAACAUCCAGACUGGAUCCGCUGACAAACAUCUCCUACAAAUAAGUUUACAGGAUUCCCAGGAUUCCCAGCUCCAGAACCGGCCCAGUGACCACUGGUACAACAAAACCCUCAUCAGCCCCAGCAGGGAGACGGUUUCUCUGUCCGCUGGGGCCAACAGCCAAGGACGGAGCAUGGCGGACGGAGCUUCAGAGUCGGUGGCCGUUCUCCUCACCGAUCUCUCCAAGGCUCUGCAGCAGUACCAGGAGGCCGAGCGGAAGAUCUCCCACCUGGAGAAGGAGGACCUUCCCGCCCAGCGACAACUGUGGGAGCACCUGAACAAAAUCCGCAGCGAGCUCUCCCACAUCCACCAGGCGCUGGAGCGCACGGCCGGCCAGAGCGACGGACCUCUGGACCUGUCCGUGAAGAAGGAGUCAACAGACGCACCAGGCGAGCAAACUGUUGGACAAGAUGGCGGCCUUAAGGCCAGCGCCAUGGAGACGGAGGAGGAGGAUGAGGAGGAGAAGAAGGACGAGGGAGAAGAGGAGGACGAGAGCGAGAGGAAGCUGAUUAGGGCGUCUCUGGAGAAGCGUAAGCAGUCGCUGGACAUGCUGAUCAAGAUGAACCAGGUGUCGGCCGUCAACACUGAGGUUCUGCCGCCGGGCGGUCUCGGUCUGAGGUCGGCUGAGGCGCUGUGGCCCAGCAGAACCACCAAGUGUGAAGCAGAUUCCAGCGUCUUGCUCUGCCCCGACGGCCGAUCCGUCGUGUUUACCGACAUCCCGGCGUCCGUCAAACCGCCGAAGAGACCGUCGUCCCUCCAGCGGCUGGAGGCCCAGUGUCCGCCGAGCCCUUUAGCGCCCCCCGAUGGCUGAGCUCCUCACAGACCAACAGAAUGAAGACGUUUGGUUUCUCUAAUUGAGGAUCAUGCAGACAGACAAUGUUGUGACCAAGUGUGUAAAAUAAUGUAAAUGAAAUAAAUGUAAUUAGUGGAAAAUGCUUUAAAGGGGAAA